UGUGAAACGAAACCUGAGGAGGCCCAUGUCCAGAACAAGAAGACCUUCAACACCAUAUCUGAGAACAGUGUUCUGGGCAGACAGACUGGGACCAAACCCACCAAAUGUGGUGGGCAAGGAAGGGAAGCCGUCCUGGUCAAGCCCAGGUACAAACAAAGGAUUGAUUACCGAAAAUGGAGGUCCACUGCUGAGGUUUCUCGUGAAGAAGCAAUGAAACGCUUUAGAAGGCGCAACAGGAAGGAGGUGCUCUGCCGUGUGCCUGGAGUGUACAUGCAGAACAAUGGUGUUUGUGCUCUCCGAGGAAGUGAUUCAGAAUAUUCUGCUGAGUGUGAAUCUUUGUUCCACUCCACUGUGGCAGACACUAGUGAGGAUGAGCAGAGCAAUUACACCACCAAUUGUUUUGGAGAUAGUGAGUCUAGUUUGAGUGAAGUAGAUUUUGUAGGAGAAACUACCUCAUCCAGUGACUCCGAUGAGAGUGGUGCACUAGUCUGGCCGCAGUUUGCCCAGUCUCAACCUGCACAACCAUCUACUGCUGAGUUAAAGAAGUCUCCACCAAAGGCCUUUGUCAAAAUCAAAGCAUCACACAAUCUAAAGAAAAAGAUUCUACGUUUCAGAUCAGGUUCACUAAAACUAAUGACAACUGUAUAA